GACAAAUUUCCCGCCAACGCAGCUGUUGCGCACGCACCAAUUCCUCAGCAGCUCAGAAAUCAAUCGCCGCAACCGACCACAAUCAUGGCACGUCGACUCUCGGACCCGUUCCCGACCCAGCGCUCGGACGAUGACUUUUACUCGAGUGAUAUCGCGUACGACUGGUGCGGCGAGGCCUUGGAGCUGGAGCGCACGCGGCCGUCGACCGGCCUCCUUCACCUGAUUUGGACAAAUGGCCGUCUCGGCAUCACCUUUGGCACGGACGCGUACACCGGGGCGGUCGUCGUCAAGCGCGUGUCGCCCGACGGCUUUGCGGCGCAGUCGAGUGUGUACCCCGGGUGCCGCCUCGAGUCGGUCAACGGCGUCGACGUGACGGCGGCCAACUACGACGAGACGAUGCUGCUGCUUGCGACGGGCGCCGACUCGGGCAAGCCGCAGCGCCUCUUCUUCAGCCCGCGCCCGGCGCCGCUCUUUAUGCGCAGCGUUUCCCCGACGAGUGCGUUGGCGGUCGCCGGCGUCUCGACCAACCAUGCGCUCGCCUCCAUCAACGGCACGGACACCACGUACAUGAGCAUGGAGGACGCCGAGUUUGUCCUGCGCGAAUCCGAAAAGCCGUGCACGCUGCACUUUGCGUGCGUCCAACGGCCGGUGGUUCGAUCCCGCGCACGCUCCAGCGGGUCCCCCACCUCAAUCUCGAGCUCGUCGUCGCUGGUCGCUGCUCUCCUCGUCAGCGUUGCGCUCUGCUCCACGUAGUAAUCAACGGCGCGUUUGAUAUCUACAAAACCCUCUCUGUAACCCAAACAAGUUGUCUUUUUAAAUAGUACUA